GGUGACUGGAACUUUUCUCCAGAAGGCUGAGUGGGUUUGAGGAGAAGAAGCAGGAGGGGGCGAUGAGCCGGCAACCCAUUCUGGUGGAGAAAACCCCAACAGACAGGAAGCGGGGGCUGGGGGAUGGGCGGCCCCUUCCCCACCCCCGCCCUGGGGAGGAGAAGGCACACCUGCUUCUCAAAGCUCCGCGUCGGUGGCCCCCCUCCUUCUCCUCCUCCUCCUCCUCCUCCUCCCCUAGUGCCCCACCGGCCGGGCCCCCCGAUUCCGCUCCUGGCCCAGCGAUGGUCUCGGUGAGAAUCCUGCUGCUCUUCUCCCUGACCCUGGUCCUGCACUGUAGAGCCGGACGGACCUCCAGCUGCUCCGACCCGGAGAAGGUCCAGGGGACGGUGGGAUCCCGGGUGAGUCUGCCCCUGGUCCUCGAGGGGGCCAACGAGACCACGCCGGUGACCAUCAAGCUGCAGAGCUCGGAGCAGCCGAACAAGAAGAAGGUGUUUUCGGGGCAGAGGAAGAACCUGGUCGGAAAACUGGAGGCCCGCUACACCUUCUUCCCCCAGAACUCAUCGCUGGAGAUCACCGAGGCCUCCUGGGGCGACGCUGGCGUCUACGAGGUCUCCGUGGAGGCCGGAGGCUGGUUCAAGGAGUUCUGUCUCAAGCUGGAGCUGUUCGAGCGGGUCUCGGUGCCGUCCAUCGGAGUCAACUUGACGCUGGGGAACGGCAGCUGCGACCUAACCCUGGCCUGCAGGACGGAAAGCAAGGAGCCCGUGGGCUUCAACUGGACCUGGACGGUGGGUGGGGGGGCCUGGACCCCCCGGCUCCAAGGAAACAUCCUGCACCUCACCCUCACCCCGGUGGCUCCCAAUUUCUCCUGCACCUGCAUCGCCUACAACCCCGUCAGCUCCGCCGAAACCCACUUCUUCAGCUCCUGGGACCGCUGUAGGGUCAGAGAUGGUUCGCUCCAGCCUUCGCGGUGGCCAAUAUAUUUGGUACUGCCCCUCGUAUGCCUGGCGGCCGUAGCCAUGAUCUUGGCGAUCGCCCUCGUGUCCAGAAAAAAGAGCAAGUCAGCCCACUUCCAGCCUCCGGUCCUCACCAUCUACGCCCAGGUGCAGAGGGCUCCUUCCAAGAAGAAGCCAGAGUCCCCCAUGGAAAAGGACCCGUGUUCUACCAUCUACGUGGCCGCCACCGACGUGCAGCCCUCCGGGCCCCCGCCCCCGCCCCACACCCAGAGCUGCAGCCCCAUGACGGUUUACGCCAGCGUGACGCACCCGGCCAGCUGACCCCCGCUCCGACCCGGGGAAUCCGCAGGAGGGCCUACGUGACCUCGUGAACUUUGACCCCAACCCCCAGGGUCCCGCCACCACCGCCCUGCCCCUCUGGGGGCUCUCCCCGUUCCCAGCAAGCGACCCUACCCACCCCUCGUAGUCCUCCGGAGGCGAGCACGCCCCUCCACGACCACCCGUGGGGCGCCCGGGCGCUGUGCCCGUUUUACAGACGGGGAAGACCGAGGCCCGGGGCCCGCUGAGGACCUCGCCCAUCCUGCCCGGAGACACUUGGGACCCCGGCGGGGCGGAGGGGGUCGGAGCCUCCCCUCCGGCUCCCCCACCCCCCACCCCAGUGUAUCCCAGAGACACCGGCGCCGUGGGGCGACGAGCCGCCAAGAAGGGAAUGGGAAUUGGAACCCAGGAUCCACGCCCCAACGCUCCCUCUCUCGGCCUCGGUGUUCCCGCUCGUGAAAUGGGAGGAGUAACUGCCCCGGCAGCAACCCAUCAAGGGAUGGGUCAUGGGGCGGGACCUCUGGAGGUUGGGGGG